UAAACGCGCUUUGCGUACGACCAUCAUGACCAUGUUUGCUGCUUUGGAUCCCUCUCUGUUGCCUGCUACCACAAUGGAUACACGAAGGUGCAACAUAUGCAAGGCUCAUAUUUCAUCAAGUUCUCUUUGGAAGCGAUGCGACGAUUGUAGGAGAAAAAGAACAGCAGAACAUCGCAGGUGGCGAGAAGGGAAGAAGGGUCGUCUUUCCUUGUUUCCUGCCAGUUCAACGGCGGUCACGGUCCCUCUAAAGCGCAAGGCUGCUCAAUUAGAGACUGACGGUCCUAGCAAGCGACCCAAAGCAAUGACCCAUGGCAAAGAAACCAAGCAGCAAGAUUGCCAGUUUCAUCCUACUUGGAAGCCAGUAUCUCUUACACAUAUGCAUGAAGAACUCCGCGACCUCCCGCAGAAACAGGACGCCUGCCUGCAUGCUAGCCAUUCUAUUAUCGCAUCUGCAGACAUUGAUCAUCUUCAGCGUGCUCGUCUAGUAGCACAUGAUUUGCGGGGAUACCAGCUCAUAUCUAGCAAGAGGAAGACAUAUAUCACAGAUAUCCCGGGCGGUUGUAGCCUUCUGUUCAGCUGCGCUUGCUUGGGGCCAAGCAUAGAUUGCCUCGGAAGUACCAGAAUAACGGUUGAAGAUGAUAUGUCGCACCCUUUGGGAAUCAAGGGACAGAAGAUAAGCGUUGUCAUUCAUCAUUAGCAAUAUGUUACUUUUUCAAUGACAUGGCAGUUCUGUAU